ACAGACAACAAUUUCCCUAGGACCACCUCCUGUAUAGAAUACAUUCUACUCUACAAGUUGCCUCUUCAAUCUUCUUUUUAGAGCAGCAGCAUUGUCAUUAUUACCUACCUACUUACCCCUCCAUCUGAUACGUACAUUGUCGCCAACACACCUAUAAGCCUCAAUACACAACAUCUACGAUAGCGACGCCCAUUGUUUAAAUCAUGGCCAGCAUCAACAUCAGGGUGCAGAAUCUCGAGCAGCCCAUGGACGUUGCCGAAUAUCUCUUUCGGCGUCUCCACGAAAUCGGCAUUCGCUCCAUCCACGGCCUUCCAGGCGAUUACAACCUCCUUGCCCUCGACUAUCUGCCAGAAUGUGGCCUGAGAUGGGUUGGCAGCGUCAACGAACUCAAUGCGGCUUAUGCUGCUGAUGGCUAUGCCCGUGUCAAGCAGAUGGGAGCGCUCAUCACCACUUUUGGAGUGGGAGAGCUCUCAGCCAUCAAUGGCGUUGCCGGUGCCUUUUCGGAACACGUCCCAGUCGUUCACAUCGUCGGCUGCCCUUCCACCGUUUCGCAGCGAAACGGCAUGCUCCUCCACCACACGCUCGGAAACGGUGACUUCAACAUCUUUGCCAACAUGAGCGCUCAAAUCUCCUGCGAAGUGGCCAAACUCACCAAUCCCAACGAAAUCGCUACCCAGAUCGACCAUGCCCUCCGCGUUUGCUUCAUUCGUUCUCGACCCGUCUACAUCAUGCUUCCCACCGAUAUGGUCCAGGCCAAGGUAGAAGGCGCCAGACUCAAGGAGCCAAUUGACUUGUCGGAGCCUCCAAAUGAUCCCGAGAGCGAAGCAUACGUCGUUGAAGUUGUUCUCAAGUACCUCCGUGCUGCAAAGAACCCUGUCAUUCUUGUCGAUGCUUGUGCUAUCCGUCAUCGUGUCCUUGACGAGGUUCAUGAUCUUAUUGAAAAGACAAAUCUCCCCGUCUUUGUCACUCCUAUGGGUAAAGGUGCUGUUAACGAAGAACACCCAACAUAUGGCGGUGUCUAUGCCGGUGACGGCUCACAUCCGCCGCAAGUUAAGGACAUGGUUGAGUCUUCUGAUUUGAUACUGACAAUCGGUGCUCUCAAGAGCGACUUCAACACUGCCGGUUUCUCUUACCGCACCUCACAGCUGAACACGAUUGAUCUACACAGCGACCACUGCAUUGUCAAAUACUCGACAUAUCCAGGUGUCCAGAUGAGGGGUGUGCUGCGACAAGUGAUUAAGCAGCUCGAUGCAUCUGAGAUCAAUGCCCAGCCAGCGCCAGUCGUCGAGAAUGAAGUUACCAAGAACCGAGAUAGCUCACCCGUCAUUACACAGGCUUUCUUCUGGCCGCGCGUUGGAGAAUUCCUGAAAAAGAAUGACAUUGUCAUCACCGAAACUGGAACAGCCAACUUUGGCAUCUGGGAUACUAAAUUCCCGUCUGGUGUUACUGCGCUUUCUCAGGUCCUUUGGGGAAGCAUUGGUUGGUCCGUCGGUGCUUGCCAAGGAGCUGUUCUUGCGGCUGCCGACGACAACAGCGAUCGCAGAACUAUCCUCUUUGUUGGUGACGGCUCAUUCCAGCUUACUGCUCAAGAAUUGAGCACAAUGAUUCGUCUCAAGUUGAAGCCCAUCAUCUUUGUCAUCUGCAACGAUGGCUUUACCAUUGAACGAUUUAUUCACGGCAUGGAAGCCGAGUACAACGACAUUGCAAACUGGGACUUCAAGGCUCUGGUUGACGUCUUUGGCGGAUCGAAGACGGCCAAGAAGUUCGCCGUCAAGACCAAGGACGAGCUGGAAAGUCUUCUCACAGACCCUACCUUUAACGCUGCAGAAUGCCUCCAGUUUGUCGAGCUAUAUAUGCCCAAAGAAGAUGCUCCUCGAGCAUUAAUCAUGACGGCAGAAGCAAGUGCGAGGAACAAUGCCAAGACAGCGUAAUGAGGGCCGCCAUGAUAGCUGGUUAUCAUCUUUUGGAUUGUAAUAGACCUGAUACGCAUAGAUCAAGGCAGGUACCGAUCAUUAAUCAAGCAGGUUUGGACGGGGAAGAAUUUUGAAAAUGAAGAAAACGACGGGAUGAUAUUUGGAUUAACUGGACAUUAUAAAGUACCUAUAAAUUUGAAGUUCAAUUUUUUUUUUCUCAUA